AUGGAGUUGAACAUGGGUGUAGAUGUCAAUGUUUUACCUAAGAUUACAGACGUAGAGUGGAAACUUGAAGUUUUGACUAACACUCCAGGGGUUGGUUCAGAUAACUUACUGUAUACAGUAGUCCUGAAAACUGAUGAGAAGGAUAUCCAGUUCACAUGCGGAAGCCAACAAUUACAAGAUUUGGUAUACAAGCUGAAGGACUUGGUUCGACAUUGUGAAAAAGUGAAAAGUGAGAUAGCUUGA